AUGGCCGACAAGAACCCUUUCUCGCAGCUUUUUCAGAAGAACACCGUCAGGCUGGCGACGCUUGAACCGGGACGUGGGGAUGACGUUGUUAAGGUGAAGAUUGUCGAUAUUAAUCCUCGCGAUGCGAGCUAUGACUGUAUUUCCUACGACAGGUCCAAGGACUUCGAUACUGUGGACGUUGAAGUCGACGGGGAGCCCUUCAAAAUCUCGAAACCUCUCGCCUCGGCGCUGAAAGCCUUUCGAAAAUUCGACAGCACUCGCACCGUCUGGGCGGAUCUCUUGAUUGGCAGCAACGUCGAGGAGCGAAGUACGCAAGCCCGCGAGAUGAAGACCGUCUUCGAGCACGCGGACAAGACGACGGCAUGGCUCAGUUCCGGCAAUGCCCAACGCGAAGCUGCUCUCGACAUGAUUCAGACUCUCGCGAACGAAUGGUCGCAGGCGCGACUUCACGCGAACUACCCCGAGGUCCACUCGCGAGCUACGUUUCAGCAGAUGCGGGAUGCUCAGGCGUAUAUUGGUGCUCGACAUGAGCGGUUCCAGCCGACGAAUAAGGCUUUGUGGGAGGCCGUGCAGAGGUUGUUCUGUACGACAUACUUCGAGACUCCGCAAUCGAUCCCCGAGAUCAUCUUGUCGAAGAAGCCCAUGGUCGCUGUCGGCGACAAGUCAGUAUCGUGGCCGGACUUCGCAUCAGCAUCCACAGCCUUCGCAAUGCUCAUGCCAUCCCUGGGACUGACCCCCGAUCCGAAGCUGCUGAAAUCCUUGGAGCGCAUCAUGGGCCUGCAGACAGCGACUCGUCGGAAACGUGAUGGGGAGAGCUUGGAGCUCUUGCCUAUGAUCAAGGACGCCCGUGGGACGUCGUAUCGGGAUCCGCGGGAGGUUGUGUUUUCGGUCAUUCCGAUCUCGACGCCUUGUCUGCGGACGGAAAAGGAUUCUAAGAGGCCUGCUCUGCCCGAGGUGGAUUAUGAGGCGAGUGAGGUGGAGGUGUUUAAACGGGCUUCGAGGUAUAUUCUGGAGGACCGACAGGAUUUGAUGAUGUGGUGGUACGAGCGACCUCCCUGCGGCCGCAAAUUGGCUGGCCUGCCAUCAUGGGCGAUAGACUGGAGCAGCCCAAAUAUCAACACAGGAAGCGCAUUGAUAUCCCCCGACAACGGCCUCCGCUCCUGGGCCGAUCCCCUCAAGAACAAGAGAAUCUACGUCGACGACGAAGACGGCCUCCACCUCCAAGCCCAUCCUCUGGACCGCAUCUCCUCUGUCUCCCAAAUCUUCACCGAAACCAACUACCGCCGGCUCUGCCUGGAAGAGUUCCAGAAACUCGCACCGUCCCGCGAAGCCGCAACUCCUGAACAAUGCAUGGAUAAAUACGCCCGUACGCUGAUCCUGAAUAUAGCUGGAUUCGGCGAUACAAUGCGGACGUCCUCCGCCCCCUCAGAGGAUGUCAUUCGCAGUUUCCAAAGCCUCCUCGCCGAAGAACGCAUCCUCCAAGUCCUAGGCUGCACAAUGGAACAGCUCAUGUCAAUGUCCCCCGAACGCAUCGCGGAGGCGCGCGCGAAGCCCGAAAUCCAGAACCUCGCAGGUAUCCCAGGCCAAAGCCAGGACUUCGACUCCCUCCUCCAAACCAACACGCUCGGCCGCCGCUUUUUCACCUGCGAAAGCGGCCGCUACGGCAUGACGACUAUCGAAACUCCUCCCGAAGGCUCCCAAGCACCCAACGCCACCCCCGUCCCCAACUUCGACUCCGUCCUAGGCGACCCCCUCGGGCAAGGCAUGAUGUCCGCCUUCCAGUCCUUCCUCGCGCAGAAAGACCCCCGGGCCGCCGCCGCGCUAAACCAAGCCAUCGCCGGCACGAUGCCCGGCCAGCGAGUCCCCGGCGUGCGGAUUGGGGAUUUGGUCGUGGCGGUGAUUGGGGGGUUUCAGCCUUAUGUGUUGCGGGCGAAAAAGCGAGAAGAAGGAGGGGAAAGGGAUUUGAACGAGCAGACGAAGUAUGUGUUUGUGGGGGAUUGUUAUCUGCAUGGGGUGAUGGAUGGGGAGUGUUUCAAGGAGGGUGGGCAGGUGAGGAGGGAUGUUAGGACGGUGGAUGUUACGGUUGUGUAG